CACGUUUUGGUAUACGGCAAGAUGGCCGGAUGGGCCCAUCUGUGGUGAUAUCGGUCGUAAGGCGUUCUCAAUCACACUUGAAAAAAAAGCAACAAUACGAAACCCUCCAACUUCAAGAAUAUCGCUGGGACACUUUGUAUCAUCAUCGGCAUCAAAUGAUUCCGAGCAGAAGUCACCUCGACCGGAAGCGCGGUGCAGCUCGACGCUUCCGUAUGCAAUUUCAAAAUGGUCGGAACAAAAGGCGAGACCAACCUCGAACGAGCCUACUAAGAAACCCAAAUUGAACACGAAAUCCGAAUCAGAGUCAAGUAUAUCUAAAUCCUCGGUCCAUGAAGUUAGGCGGAAGUUAUCGUUAUUGGAAGAGAAACGCGCAAUUUUUCAACGCCGUUUGUUCGAGACUACUCAGAACACGGAUUCCGGCGAGACGGUGAUCGCUAUUACUAUCGACGACGAAAACAAAACGUCGGAAGAGGAGAAAAACCGUGUAGAACAGAAUAAGACGAAGAAGAAAGCCAGGCAUAUUAGCGUGAAAAAGUUCGACACCUUUUCCACGUUUGAGGGGACAUUCGACGAGGAAACAGGGAUUGGUUAUCUGGCUGGUAUUGAGGAGGAUUACACGGAGAGUUACGAGAGGCAGCGCGAUAAUUACGUGGCCAGCAUGGGGCCUAUGAUGGCCGACAGCACGAUGGAGAAGAGCAAGGUCAACCAGGAGAGCAUGUCGUCACAGAAUAAUUCGCCGAAUGCCGGAUUAGGCGAGAAACGAGAACAUUUGUAUAAAAUCCUGGUAAUCGGCGAGUUGGGCGCCGGAAAGACAUCCAUCAUCAAGAGAUACGUCCAUCAAUUCUUUUCCCAACAUUAUCGCGCGACAAUUGGCGUCGACUUCGCAUUGAAAGUAUUGAACUGGGAUUCGCACACUAUCAUAAGGUUACAAUUAUGGGAUAUUGCAGGUCAAGAGAGAUUCGGAAACAUGACGAGAGUAUAUUACAAAGAAGCAGUUGGCGCGUUCAUAGUGUUCGAUGUAACGAGAAGCGCGACUUUGGAUGCGGUGGUGAAAUGGAAACAAGAUUUAGACUCGAAAGUUCAACUUCCUGACGGUUCACCAAUCCCCUGUGUCCUUUUAGCGAACAAAUGUGACCAGCAGAAAGAGGGCCUAGUGAAUUCGCCCGCGAAAAUGGACGAAUAUUGUAAAGAGAAGAAUUUUGCCGGAUGGUUUGAAACUUCAGCCAAGGAGAACAUUAACAUUGAAGAGGCUGCACGAUUUCUUGUUAACAAAAUUCUCCAAAACGAUCAACUGAUGAAAGGAAAUGGUUCACAGGAUCAGACAGAUGGCGAACGUUUUGCAUUAAAUCAAUCGCCGAAUAGUUCAAAGAAAUCUUGUUCCUGCUGACGAAUCGGUAACUUACCGAUAGCAGGAUCGUCGGAUCCGUUAUCGUUGUCCUGCCAUCACCGUAUAGCCAUCGGUGCCAUGACACGAAAAUACCAUUUCGAUUGCUCCAUGUCAACCGUCAUCGUUGUCGUUGGAUUUCAUUUCGAUCAUGUAAUCAAUGUCCCAUUCGUGAAACAUACCUUAAUGGUGAAUAUUUCAUCGACCAUGGUCAUUUUUCAUGGAAUGUCGACGAUUUUUCAUCGUUGGAUGAAAACUAACGAUAAAUCGUGUGUAGUUCUUCCACUUGACCUUUGUACAUAUAUACAAGCAUUUGUUGCGGGAUAAGUAACAUUGGUGGAAGUGGAGCUUGGAAUGCUGAGGAAUAGUGUAUUUAGCAGUUUGAAUUAUUAAUUUUGAAUUUUGUUAUAUUUGAGUUAUUGUUGAGUUUGUAAUUAUUAAUUUUAAAUUUUAUUUGAAUAAGAAUGAUUGUACAGAAUGUUACAGUAAUUUUGAUUCAAUCUGGAAAGGUGUGAUUCUAUAUGUGCAAAAAUAUGUG